AUGAGAGCGAAAAAUGCUGUAAUUAACGGAAUACUAGAAGAGAAUGAUGAAAUGGAUUUGAAUGAGAGUAUACGCCAAAUCAUAAUUGAUAAACUUGAAAUUGAUUGUAAAAAGGAAGACAUUGAAAGUGUGAGACGAAUUGUUGAAACAUGGUGUGAAGAUAAUGAUGUAGUGCCUAUUAAUGGAUAUGGUUCGUUUGUAAAAAAACCAAAUAAAAUUGGUGAAGGUGGAAGGAAAUCGGGAGGUAUCGUUAUAUAUUAUAGAGAAGAGAUAAAAAAUAAAACAAAAUUAUUGAAAAAUAAUACAAAAGAAAGUAUCUGGAUCUCAACGAAAAUACGCAAGAAAAAAUUUAUAAUUUGCGAUAUUUAUAAUCCACCUAAAUAUUCUAAAUACGCAAACGAAGAAUUUUUUAACUGUUUACAGAAUGAGAUUAAGAAUAUGGAAUAUAAAUAUUUGAAUGCGGAACUGAUUAUAGUAGGAGAUAUGAAUGGUAGAAUUGGAGAAAUUCAAGAAAGAGACCAUGAAAAUGAAGCUAAAUACAGUAACGUGGUUAAUAAUUUCAACAUUAAUUUGGAAAAUAGAAGAAAUAAAGACAAGGAGAUAAAUGAAUAUGGGGAAAAAAUUAUCCAAGUGUGUAAAGAUUUGGAUAUGGUUAUUUUGAACAGUCGGUGCAAAGGAAAUAAAGAAGGAGAGUACACAUUUGUUUCUGAAAAUGGGAAGAGUGCAAUUGAUCUAGUGAUCAAAACUAAUUUACACGAGCAGUAUAUAUUAGAUAUGGCAGUUAUAGGAUGUGUGGAAAAUAGUAAACACUUUCCAAUUGAAAUUUCAUUGAAUAUAUAUUGCAAUAAGGUAAAAGAGAUCCCAAAAGAAAAAUUCCAAACUCUUGAAGUAUAUAAAUGGAAUAACCAAAAAUGCGAUGAAUUCAAAAGCAAUAUGGUGGGCAGAGUUGAUUUAUGGUUAUUUGGAAUUGAAAAUGGAAUACGGAAGAAUGAAAUAAAUGAGGCACAUAAAAUAUUAGAGAUGAUGUACAAGAGUAUUGGAAAGUCAAUGAGGGUUGUAAACAAUACAAAUAAUUAUUUGGCAAGAAAUAAUUGGUUUGAUAGGGAAUGUCGGGAAGCAAAACACAAUACAAGAAAUGCACUAAGAAUAUUUAGAAGAUCGAAUAUAAAGCGGCAUUUAGAUGAUUAUCGUAUACUUAAAAAGCAAUACGUUAAUUUAUGUAUAAGGAAAAACGACGAAAUGAAAGCUAUACGGGAAGGUGAAAUAAUGAGAAUGGUUAAAGAAAGGGACGAGGUGGAACAAAGCCAACUGGACGAAGAAUUUUAUAUCAACCCUGGAUCAAAUAGUAACGACAUGGUUAUAGAGAUGCUGGAAAGAGAAAUAGAUGAAAAUGAGGUUGAAUAUGCCAUUAGCACAUUAAAAAAUAGAAAAACACCUGGAAUCGAUGGUAUACCAGCUGAAUUUAUCAAAAAUUCAACAGAUUACAACAGUGGACUGAAGAAAAUAAAAUCAUUGGUGAAUUUCAAGCUGGAUUUCGUACGGGAUAUGGGACAUUGGAUAACAUAA